AUGUUUUUCAGAUUGCAAAUAGAAGAAUCUUCCAAACCUGUAAGGCUAUCACAACAACUGGACAAAGUUGUAACAACCAAUUACAAGCCUGUUGCCAAUCAUCAGUACAACAUUGAAUAUGAAAGGAAAAAGAAAGAAGAUGGAAAGCGAGCCCGAGCUGAUAAACAACACGUUUUAGACAUGCUAUUUUCAGCCUUUGAAAAACAUCAGUAUUAUAACCUUAAGGACUUGGUAGACAUAACAAAACAACCUGUGGGGUACCUGAAGGAAAUCUUAAAAGAAAUUGGUGUUCAGAAUGUAAAAGGGAUCCACAAAAACACAUGGGAGCUGAAGCCAGAGUACAGACACUAUCAAGGAGAAGAAAAGAGUGACUAAGAAGACCCCUAGCCGGCAUGCUAGCAGAACAAUGAAUGCUGAGCAAAGGGCUUGCUGCUGGAAUGCUUGAACACCAUAUGUUAACAGGGGUAAAAUAAUAUUUCCAUUUCUCUUGGUAAAUUUUUUAAGCCUCUAAUUCUUGUAAAGUUUAGUGUUUUUUGAGGAGAAAGAACCAAUUCGUUUAUAGACUUAACUUGUAUUAAACCAGAUUAUUCACUGGGAAUUGGGGUUGGGGGAUUAAGAGGGCUUUUCUUAAAUAUUAGCUUUUAACAUGUAAAAUUAGGAAAUAUUUUUUAAAUGAGGACUCUCUAUCCUUGCUGUAUCUCUGAGGAGCUAAGGUUUAAUACAGAUCCAAGGAGAAUAGUCUAGCAAGAUAAAAAUGGUCAACUACAGAAACUCUUAAAAGGAAUAAAAAGGCAAAGUUCCUUAUUCUGUAGUUGUCAAAGAACAAAGCUGUCUUUGUUUUAAACAGGUGAUCAUGUUUCAUUUUCAUACACACAUUAAUAAAAGAGAAGCAUUUAAAUUUGCAGUG